GUCAUCGUGUUCACGUGACCGCUGACUUUAGUGCCCGUUUUCUGUCGUGGGUUCGUGUCCUGAUUUCUGCCGGGCCUGUUAACAUGGCUUUCUACACGCAGCACAUCCGCAGAGGUUUCUGUUCUUCGGCCGUCAGGAGUCUUGCUAUUAAACAUGUAACGAUCAUCGGAAGUGGACAGAUGGGCGCAGGAAUUGCACAAGUUGCUGCAUCAACUGGCCACACAGUGACACUGGUGGACACUUCUGAUGACAUCCUGAAAAAGGCCGUCAAAGGAAUUGAAGGCAGCUUGAAACGAGUGGUCAAAAAGAAGUUUGCUGAUAAGCCAGAGGCAGGUGAAGAGUUCAUCCAGAAAGUCCUGAAGAAUGUAUCUACUUCAACAGAUGACGGAGCUGCAGUUCAGAGCACAGAUCUUGUGUUGGAGGCCAUUGUGGAAAAUCUGAAAAUCAAGCAGGACCUUUUUGGUCGACUUGACAAGAUGGCACCUGCUCACACCAUCUUUGCCAGCAACACGUCCUCUCUUCGCAUCUCUGACAUCGCCAGCUCCACCAGCAGACUGGACAAAUUUGGUGGCCUUCACUUCUUCAAUCCAGUCCCUAUGAUGAAACUUGUAGAGGUCGUUGCAACCUCAGCAACAAGCCAAGAGACUUUUGAUUCUCUCCUGAACUUCAGCAAAGUACUUGGAAAAACAUCAGUGUCCUGCAAGGAUACACCAGGAUUCAUUGUGAAUCGCCUGCUAGUUCCUUACACAAUGGAGGCCAUCCGGUUGCACGAGAGAGGUCAUGGCUCCAAAGAGGACAUUGAUAUUGCCAUGAAGCUUGGUGCUGGUUAUCCCAUGGGGCCUUUUGAGCUAUCGGACUACGUAGGAUUAGACGUAAUAAAAUUCAUUAUGGAUGGUUGGAAUGCGUUGGAGCCUGACAACCCACUGUUUGCACAGAGUGAACUGCUGAACAAGUUGGUGGCACAGGGCAAAUUUGGCCGAAAGACAGGAGAAGGAUUCUACAAGUACAAAUAAUUGUUUCACAGUGAUGCAAGUUUCCAUGGACAAACAUUGUAAUGAAAACGAGCCAUCCAGGAAAGGCUAAUGAGAAACGCGUAAAGUGCCUCUGCCUCCGACAUGAAUGGUUGACUGUUGUCAUUUUUUGAUGGAAGUUGACCAGGUAACAUUUUUUGCGUGUCUGACAAGAUUAAAUAUAAUCAAGUAAAACA